UUAAUAGAAUUAAAUGGGUGUUGAUUGCAAUCAAACAAGUGAUAAGUAUAUCCGCCCCGGAAAACAGAAACUAGAUAUGAAUAUUUUGUACAGUUGUCAGUACAAUAAUAUGUAUAGCCUAUAAGUUAGUUGUGGUUUACCAUGGACCCAACUCAAAAGACCGCGCUUACAAAAUGCAAUCUUUAUAUAAAGAAAAAUUUGACCAAUAUAGAUCGUAUUCUUGACAUUCUAUUAAAAGAGGGAUGUUUGCUGUGGGACGAAAGAAUACAGUUUGGCAGCGAAAAAUCUUCAGAUGACAAAUGCCAGAAUCUUCUGGAAAUAUUGGUCAGACGAGGUGGGAUAUGCUAUAAAACAUUCUUAGAUUCACUGAAGACAACUGGUAAUGAACAUAUUGCGAAAGAAAUUGAAGAUGCUCUUUCCUUUCGUAAAGGUGACGACAAACAAAUGUCAGAAUCAGAUACCGAUGACGAGAAGGACAAAACAAUAACGGAUCUUAGAGUACGUAUUGAUGAGCUGACAUUAGAACUCGAGGAUAAAAACGACAAACUUAAGCUUCUUAGAGACCAACAGCGUAGAGCUUUAGAUGAUCUCAGAAAACAGAGAGAGAAAAAUAGUGAAAAAGAUUUGACAAUAAAAAGUUUAGAAAGGAAAAAUCAUGACUUAGAAAAAGAGAUAAACAAAUUGAAAAUCACUAUUGAAAAUAUUCAGAAACAACUUAGGCGGGUCGAGGAAGAAAAGAAAAAGACUGCUAAUGAGCAGUUAAGGGCUAUUCAAAAUCUGGAAAGAAAACAAGAUGCUACUCAAAAAACAUGCGAGAAGUUAUGUGAAAAUUUUACCGCUUUUGCAAGAGACUUUUCAAAGAAUUUUCCUUUGCAAGCUGAAGUUAAAGUUCCGAAUCAAAAAGCUCAAGCCAUAAAAGACAUUCAAGACGAAGUUCAAAAACCGUCACCACCAAAGAAGUUUAAUAACCGACAGAGACGACGGGGAUUGGCUACCUGUAACUUUAGCGAUGCUGCGGACUGGAGAACAACGCGAACACCUCGAUGAUCUGAAUUAAGUUCGCGUAAAAACUGACAUCGUUUGGGGUUUUUGCUCGUUGGUUUGCCAUCUCAUUGACUUUUACUCCGCAUCUCCUUGCUCUCAUAUAUUUUCAUUUAUUGAAUUCUAAUUUGCAUCGAUAAAACUAAGUAGUGUUUUUCAUUUGAGAUGAUCAUUAAUUAUUGUCUUGCUAUUUAAAUGGAGAUGAUGAUUGGUGAAUAUUUAAGAAAUAAAAAAAAAAAAAAUG